GGCGCGGCCCCGCGCGUGCGCGCCGUGCUCGUGGGCUACGACGAGCACUUCUCCUUCGCCAAGCUGAGCGAGGCGUGCGCGCACCUGCGCGACCCCGACUGCCUCCUCGUGGCCACCGACCGCGACCCGUGGCACCCGCUCAGCGAUGGCAGCCGGACCCCCGGCACCGGGAGCCUGGCUGCUGCCGUGGAGACAGCCUCUGGCCGCCAGGCCCUGGUGGUGGGCAAGCCCAGCCCUUACAUGUUCGAGUGUAUCACCGAGCACUUCAGCGUGGACCCCGCCCGCAUGCUCAUGGUGGGCGACCGCCUGGAGACCGACAUCCUCUUCGGCCACCGCUGUGGCAUGACCACCCUGCUCACGCUCACAGGCGUCUCCCGCCUGGAGGAGGCCCAGGCCUACCUGGCAUCUGGCCAGCUCGACCUCGUGCCCCAUUACUAUGUGGAGAGCAUCGCGGACUUGAUGGAGGGGUUGGAGGACUGAGCCCAUGUGACCGGCACUGCAGCCCCAUCCCUACCCCACCCUGAUCCCGUAGAUGGAGGCAAGGGGCCAAGAGCUGCAGGCUCCUGGGCCCCGUUUUCUGCAGCCUGGUGGGGUUGGGACCCAGGGAAGGCUUUAGGGCCCUCACAUCCCCUCCCAGGGGUGGCUGGGCACUCUUUGCUGUUCCAGAAGCGGUCCCCCUUCCCCCACCAGUUCGCCCUGGCCUGACCCAGCCAGGUGGCCUUAUUUCCUCCCCUGUGACCUUCCCUCUUUGAAAUCUGGGCCUUGAUGCCCACUGAAGAUUUCCUCCAACCCUGAACACUUAAUCCCCUAGCCCCUCCUGGGGCGGGCUGGGGGUGGAGGUUGCCUCUAGAGCUCUAUCUGCCCCUGGAGCCCUGGCCCUGGGUUCCUGUUGACCAAUCAGAGGCCUAGGUAACCACUAACCCUCCUGUGCCCUGAAUGGACCAAUCAGAAGGCUAAGCAAGAGUGACUCAUUGAUGGGUCUGUCCUGAGGGGUUUCAUUGGGAACCUAAAGUGACAGUGACCCUUUGAUCUUCUGAAGCCAGAGUGGACCAAUCAGAAGUCUAAGUGGCAAUGAUCCUUUCAUGUCCUUGGUCCUGAGUGAGACCAAUCAGAACACGGAGUAAUAAUGAUUCAUUGGUCUCUUAGAUCCUGAGGAGAACAAUCCAGAAGUCAGAGACAGUGGCCCCUUGACCGUCUGGAUCUGACUGGACCAGCUUGGGGUCCAGAUGUCUGUCAAUAAGUAAGGGUUCAAGGGCUGAAGACACCCCUCCUCCACAAAGAUAGUGAUCCGGGGGGCCACGCAGUGGCUCUGGGGGCUUCUGUAGUGGAGCCCCCACCCUUCCCUGAUGAUGGUACCAGGCCAGCGUUGGUGGUGGCCAUAGCUCCGGAGGGCGGGGCUUUCGUGUCCCUCCCUGUGCUGUCCCUGUUUGCUGUGCCACCUCUCCCCCACCAUGCCCACCCCCAGCUAUUUAUUUAUUUAUUAUCGUGUGCCAGUGACGGUGGGAGUGGGGGCUGGCCCUUCCCACCGCUUCCACCUCUGUUGUAACCAGUCCUCCCGUACUUAAUAAAGUGCGAGUGGAGUGUC